AUGCAUAUCGUAUCGCCUCCAUCGAUUUCCAAAAUGCAUUUGCAAAUGGUCUCCACGUCUGGAAUGGCAGCCGGACCCCAUGCGCUUCAUCAACAAAUGUUUUCAAUCAAGUGGGUUUGGUUUUGUUCUGAAAAUAUUGAAAACAAUUUGUAAAUUUAUAUGAAUUUCAGCAAGUCCCGCCCAUCGACUUUGUAUCACCUCAAUUGUUGCAAGUAUUAUUGAAUUAAAAACACGUGAGAAAUAAAAAAGUAGGUCAAGUGACGUGGAUUUAAAAACAGUAUAGGUACCCAUGUCGUCAAUUGCGAUGCGGUUCUGCGAUGCGUGUUGACCUCGAUUUUUCCAUUGAAUUUUUCAAAUUUUCAUUUCUAAAAACGUGUUGCCGACACGCAUCGCAACUGACGACAUGGCUACCUAUACUGUUUUUAAAUCCACGUCACUUGACCUACUUUUUUUAUUUCUCACGUGUUUUUAAUUCAAUAAUACCUGGAUUCGAUGUGAAUGCAUUUGGGCAGAUGUCCCAAGAAUCGCUAUUGAGUUAAUCGAAUAAGAGGCGAAAUUCGAAUGUUCUGAAUAAAAACGCGAAAUCUCCGUCAAAUUCUACGAAGAAGGCAAAAAUUGAGUGUACAUUAGAUUCUGACGAUAAUAACAAUAUCGUAAUGAUGACAAAUGAAGAUAAACUUUUGGUGGUUCGAUCGGAAAUUAUGACUGAAAAAGAUGGAUCUCGUUCAAUAAUUGUUGAUUCACUAGCUGGAGUAGAUGUCAUAGGUAAUUUGAUUGUAUUUUUUUUAACACCUAGUAAUCGACCCCUUUUCCAGCUAAAUUGAAAUCUUGUGUAAAAUCAGGUGUUAUUGAUGUUGUGAAUGUAGGAAUAUGGUUGUUGAAGUGCGAGAAUUGUGGCGUCGAUGUUGAUGCAACAAUCGAGGUAAUUGUAAUGAUGUUUUUCAUAUAACAUUCCUCCUAAUUUAGUCUUUUCUCACCCUGAAUUGUUGGCGCAUCGAGAAUUUGAGACGUGAUGUCAAACAAAUGGAAGCAAAUAUUGUCGUUGAGCAAUGUAUUUUUAUUUGUUUUGUUUUGAUGCAAGGUAUUCAUUUAAAUUUCAUCAGCCUAUUGAACAAGUUAUAUCGAAUUAUAAAUAGACAGUGGAAUAUUGAAUUUAGGGUAAAUUAUUUUCUUAAAAUGUUAUUUAUCUGCAUCCAACUUUCGAGUUCAUUGAAUAGGUUGAGCACGUCAUGGAAAUUGUGAACAAAUGUUACAAUGAUAUGUUGGUGUCCACAAAGGAAAUAUGCAGCAAGUGUUAUAAUUCGUUCAAUUAUAAGUGUUUAAAAGACAUUAUUUGUAAAAACGUAAACUUUACAAUAGGGGCUCGGACAAAAAAAGUCAUGAUCUCAGAAUUGGCCAAAUUUUUUUUAAAUUGGGGGAUGGGUGGGGGAACUUGUUCCACCGAGAUAAAGGUCUUAAUCCCUUUUCGCCAAUUUGGUGGGACCGGGUGAAGGCGAAAUUAUUUUUUUGGAAAAUUUAUUGUAACUAGGGUUAAAGUUCAUAUUUUUUGAACAUCAAAAAAGCAUUUUGCUCGUUUUUUGACGCUCUUUGCGAUGGGAAAUAGCAUGCAUUUCGAUACUCUAUUCGAAAAAAAAAAUUUUUCGCCAUAAUAAAACAUUGCUCAGGAGUCAUUUCCGCUCUUUCUAACCGCUUCCAAAGUGUUCCUCGUGCCUUUUUACGUAUAUUUAGCUAUUUUCAAUAAAAAUCGCCGGAUCUUAUUUGAAAUAUGAAAGUUGAUUUUUCCUCCAGGAACAUGGUGAAAAUGGACAAAAACCAGAACUCGAUUUCAACUUUUGAGCUCCAGAAAAGUGCUCACAGGCAUUUGUGGCAAUUUUUGACUUCGGAUUCGUGAUGUCAGGUUUUUUGUCAAUUUUCCAUGAAAAUUAUGAAAAUAUUUCAAGGUAAUUUGUUAUGCUGAUUCUGACCUUAUUCACUAUUUCAUUUGAUUUAAUCUCGAUUCCUGAAGUUUUCUGAAUCGAUGAUCAAUAAUCUAUUCACACCUUUUUUUCUUGCAAAAAGCAGAAUAGUGAGAGAGUGGCGAGACAACGUGACAAAAUUAUCAAUGGAGCGACAUUGCAUCAUUCAUUUUAUUUUCUUCUUUUUCAUUUUUGAAAAUUAAUGAUGAAACGUCGCCCUGUUGAUAAUUUUCUCGCGUCGUCUCUCCACCAGGGUUCCGACCCGGUUCAGGACCAUCAGUUUGGGGCAGGGCCAACCCGAAAAAACCCACCCAAACCCAACCAUGCGAACCCAGUCUUUAAUAUACCCACCCAAACCCAAAACCCAAAAAACGGGCCUGGUUCUAACCCAACCCAAACCCGGACCAACCCAAAUCCAACCCAACCCGAACCCAUUUUUUGGGUACCCAACCCAAACCCAAAAAAUGGGCCAAACCCGGGUCAGGCCCAAACCAAACCCAAACCCAAAACUACCCGCCCAACCCAACCCAAUCCAACUUAAACCCAAUUUGACCCGGGCACCCGGGUUCAAAACCAUGGGUUACCCGGAAAUUGGUGGACAUGGUGACAGUGCACCAAUCACACCAAUUGCACCAAUAACGGGAAAUUUGUGUGAUUGGUGCAGUUGGCGCAUUUGGAGCAAUUUUCACCAUUGGUGCAAUGGUCACGAAUUGCACCAAUGAUGAAAAAUGCACCAAUUGCACCAACUGCACCAAUGGUGAAUAUUGCUCCAAAUGCGCCAACUGCACCAAUCACACAAAUUUCCCAUUAUUGGUGCAAUUCCACCAAUCACACCAUCCAGUAUUCAGUAAUUCGAAAAUUUAUCAACUGAACCAAUCACACCAAUGGCGCUGAUCACAUCUCAUGUUUUCAUUACAAUGGUGUAAUUGGCACCAUUUUUUUUAAAUUCUUGUGCAAUUGGUGAAAUUAUCGCCAAUUAAAAAUAUGGUGCCAUUUUCCGGGUAACCCAUGGUUUUGAACCCGGGUGCCCGGGUCAAAUUGGGUUUAAGUUGGGUUGGGUUGGGUUGGGCGGGUAGUUUUGGGUUUGGGUUUGGUUUGGGCCUGACCCGGGUUUGGCCCAUUUUUUGGUUUUGGGUUGGGUACCCAAAAAAUGGGUUCGAGUUGGGUUGGAUUUGGGUUGGUCCGGGUUUGGGUUGGGUCAGAACCAGGCCCGUUUUUUGGGUUUUGGGUUUGGGUGGUUCACCCAUAUUCUGCUUUUGGUUUUGGGCCCAACCCAACUGCACCAAAACCAACCUGGCCCAAAAACCGGCCCGGUUCGGAACCCUGCUCUCCACUCUCUCACUAUUUUGCUUUUUGCAAAUUUCUAUUGACGGGUGUGUAUUAUUGGAUAUUUUCACAAGAUCAACUUUGAAAACAUUUUUUGUUUGGUGAAAAAAGUUUAAUGGGUUGCAGAUUUCGAACUUUUUGAAAAAUCUUCUGGAUUUUUGUAUGAAUUUUCUAAACUUAUGUAAACGACCUUCCUGAACAAAUACAUGCUCUCUGGCUGUAGGAAACUCCGGAGGGUAACCAAAAAACGCAAAAACUCUGGAGAUAGGCCAAAGUGGGUAAAGAAAAUCGAGAGAGUGCCUGCUUUUCCUAGUUGGUCACGUCUUUCUAGUUUGGUUUUGGCGAUUCUCUGGAGCAAAUCGCUGUCGAUCGAACGCGCUCCAUCGAAUGAUGACAAUGACGAGUCAUUUUUUCAUUUCAUAUAUUUUUUCGUUUUUCUAGUUUUUGCUAUUUUCCUUCAAAAUCACUCAAUUUUCGGAGUAUCAUAGUCUAAUUUGAUAAUUUUCAGACAGCUAAAAUCGGCCUGAAGCAUUGUGCGCCUUACAAAAUCGUCAUAGAUAAAAGUCAACCUGGAAUUGGCAUAAAAUUAGCGAUUUUUGCUCCUGGUGAGUGAAGUUUCUUCAAAAAAAGGUGAAUCCUGGUUUUAUUUACAGAUUCAAUUGGAUCUCGUUGCGCCAGGAGAAUUCGAGAACAGAGACUUGAUCGAUUUUUAUAG